AUGCAAGGAGUCAUGACAUCAAUCUAUAACAUUGGCUGCUUCAUCGGUGCUAUGAGUACAAUAUGGACCGGAGACUUGCUUGGCCGGCCUCGCCAGAUAAUACUUGGGUCCACCGUCAUCGGCAUCGGAGCGAUCAUCCAAACAUGCAGUUGGACGGUCGCGAGCAUGAUGGUUGGAAGAAUUGUGGCCGGUCUUGGAACCGGCAUGAACACUGCCACAGCUGGUGUCUGGCAAGCAGAGACCAGUAAGAUGAACAGUAGAGGCAAGCUGGUCAUCAUCCAGAUGGCCAACUGCAUCACCGGCUUUAGUAUCUCGAACUGGCUCACACUUGGGUUUUCCUUCGCUCCUCGAGACGUUGCAUGGCGCUUCCCCCUUGCCUUUCAACUGUUUUUUACCUUCUGCAUUUACGCGAUGUGUCCGUUCCUUCCAGACUCUCCACGACUGCUGAUCCGCAAAGGCAAGCAUGAAGAAGCACUAGAAGUCAUUGCCGCUCUGGAGGGCCAUGGUGCAACACCGGACUCACCAACAGUGAUUACACAGUACAACAUCAUCAAGGAUAUCCUCGAUCGCGAACACAUGAAUACUUACACCUGGUGGCAGUUGCUGAGCGGUAAGGGCCCAAGUGGGGUUCUGAGACGCAUGAUCCUGGGGGCUUGGAUGCAGGCCAUGAAUCAGAUUUCUGGAAUAAACGUCACCAGCUAUUUCAUGAGCUACAUCUUCAUCAACUCACUGGGGAUCUCAGAGCUCUUGUCAAGGAUUCUAGCUGCUGCUGGGUCUGUUGAUUACUUGAUCUUUGCCUGCUUGGCCUACUUCGUGAUCGAGCGAUAUGGUAGACGCAAGGUCAUGAUGUGUUCCGCCGCAGCCUGCUCAAUCUGUUGGAUCGUAAUUGCAGCAGCACAAGGUCAGGCCGAAGCUGGCGGAGACUCUUACAAGCUUGGCAUAGUAGCCGUUUCAUUCUUCUUUAUCUUCUUUGCUAGCUUCGGCAUGGGCGUUCUUGGAGUGCCAUGGUUAUACCCUACUGAAAUCAACGCUCUUGAAAUGCGUACGAAGGGUGCGUCAUUGGCGAUGAGCACCAACUGGAUCUGCAACUAUGCUGUCGUGCAAGCCACAUUACCUGGCAUCCAAAAACUUGGUUACAAGUUCUGGAUCAUCUGGGCUGUCAUCUGCUUUUCCUUCAUUCCAAUCACAUACUUCCUGUACCCAGAGACCGCGAACAGAUCUUUGGAGGACAUUGAUAGAUUUUUCGAAACCAAGCCCGGUAUUCUUAUUCACAGGAACACGUUGGCUGUUCAGUUACGUCGACCUGCGGAGUUCAUCGAGGCUGACGCACGUAUUGCACGAGGAGAAGCAGGUGAGACCGACGAAAAGAGGAGGCGGAGCGCAAGCACAGAGCACGUUGAGACGAAGGAAGCGGUCUGA